AUGACAAACCAGCUUUUCCAAUAUCACUUCAUCAAUGAAAACAAGAGUUGGGAUCAAGCCCGGCUCUACUGCAAAGACAACAAUCACACUGACCUGGCCACAGUGAGCAGCAUGGCAGACAUGAACAGACUCAGGCAGGAUUUAGGAACCAGGAACGCUUGGAUUGGUCUGCAGAGAAAAGCUAGCAGCAACAGAACGUGGCAAUGGUCUCAGCCUGAUGUGCAGUUCAAUGAAAGCCGAGAUAAUGGGUGGGAUACAAACACAAUGGAACCAAAUGACUAUGGCAUAGAGAACUGUGGGACUUUAAACACAGACAAAAAGUGGGCGGACCUGUCCUGCAACAGAGAAAAACCUUUUAUCUGCUAUGAUGAAAAAAACCCAUCUCAUAUCAUUUAUGCUAACGAGAGUCUGAACUGGGCUGAUGCUCAGAGCUUCUGCAGGGACCGUCACACAGACCUGAUUAGUGGACCAGAGCAGAUGGAAAAGCUGGAUGAGGAGAAGACAAACAACUUAAUCCAACAGUCCCAGGGUGGUUUUGUUUUCAUCGGCCUGUUUAGAGACGCCUGGCAGUGGUCUGAUGGGAGCAGCUUUUCCUUCAGGUUCUGGAAUCUGCAGUAUGAUGAUGAGAUAAAGGACAGCAGUUGUGCCAUGCUGAAUGAGGACGGAAGGUGGAGUUCUGAGAAUUGUAGUGAAGAACAUCCCUUCAUCUGCUAUGAUGAUCAUGUGAUCCUGAUCAAAGAGAACAUGACCUGGGAGGAGGCCUUAUACUACUGCAGACAUCACCACCAUGACCUGGUCACCAUCACUAACAUGGAUGAACAGAGAUGGGUCCAGGAGAAAACCAAGAAUGCCUCCUCUCCCUUUGUGUGGACUGGACUGCGCUACACCUGCUCUCUGGGGUUCUGGUUCUGGGUCAGUGAUGAGGUGGUCCACUACAAGAACUGGGCCUCACCUGGACAGGUGAAUGAGUGUGACAUGUCAGGAGCCAUGCAGACAGGAGGAGAACACAAGUGGUUCAAGAAACAUGAUGAGGAGAAGUUCAACUUUUUCUGUUCCACAUCUUAAAGCUGUUCUUAGUGUCAUGAAUUGUCUCUUGGUUUUGUUUUAUUAUGUUUUUCUAAUGCUUCUUUCUUGCAGGUUAGCUGUGGCUUCCUUAUGAGUCGGUCAAACUUGCCUGCAAUCACUAAUGAGGGUUUUUGUAUUUAAGCAGGUUUCUUUCUGUGUUCCAUACCACUGCGUUUUAUGUGUUCUGCUCUGAGCUUUUCUUUCUUAGGACAAUGAAUGUCUAUUUUGGCCAUG